AAUCCAUGGAAAUAUGUAAUUGUUAUUGGACUACUAAGUACAACUAUCAAAUUUUUCUGCAAUCAUCGGUUCAACUCAAGAGUUUGACUUUUGACACAAAUCACUUCGAAGAUACGUUUUUAGCUGCACUUAUUGAAAAAGCUGGCAAAAAUCUGAUGAAUUUGUACACUGAUGAAGUUUCUGAAAAAAUAAUAAAGUCCCUGUCUCAAUUUUGUCCAAACAUAUCCAAGUUUACGUUAUUUUACAAGGAGAAAAACAGCAGCAUAUUUAUGAAUUAUUUGAAAGGGUCCAGGAUAAGUCAAUUAGUCAUUAAAUCUUGCUGUAGUUCAAACAAAUUAUUAAGUGUUUUGGGAAAAUAUGUUCCUUCUAGUUUAGAACAAAUAUAUUUCUAUUGCGAUUUUGGAUCGGACAUUAUGGGUCGUUCUCAUAAUUAUCUUAAUGUAAUUAAUUAUUGUACCACAUAUAGUUUAUUGAAAACUGUGGUGAUAGCAUCUACGAUAGAUAUAGACGAGUCGUUGUAUGCUGUUCAGAAUAUCAGAAAAAAAGGAAUCAAAUUAUUUUACAAGUAUCUUAGCUGA